GCUUAUCAUCUUCUUGGAGUCGUACAAUACUAGGUUAGUUUUUGGUGGACUUUCCAGCUUCUUUACGUUCUCUUUUAGUUCAUCUCUAGUCAGCAAGUUUCUGCAAAAUCGCGCAAGAGCGUAGUGCGUAGAAAAGAUGGACAUGAAAAGGAUCAUCACAGUACUGUUCCUGGCAUUGUUUUUUGCUCACCAGUUGUUUAUCACCAGUGCUGCUGGUCGAAUUGGGGUUUGCUAUGGAACAGUUGCAGACAAUCUCCCUUCACCUAAAGAGGUAAUAAGUCUCUACCAAAGAAAUGGAAUCCAAAUGGUAAGAUUAUUUGCACCAACACCUCAAAUACUAGAAGCAUUAAGAGGAACUGGGAUUUUAGUAGCACUAGGUACUCUUAACGAAGAUUUAGCAUCUCUUUCGUCGAGCCAAGAUGCUGCUAACUCAUGGGUGGCAACAAAUAUUGUCCCAUACAAAGAUGAUGUUAAGUUUGGUUGGGUCACUGCUGGUAACGAAGUUAUCCCUGGACCGCUGGCUCAAUAUGUUCCUGGAGCCAUGACCAAUCUUUACAAUGCUUUGGUGAAUAUCGGCUUAGAUCAAAUUAAGGUUACUACAGUGGUUCAUGCUUUUGUUCUUGGCACUUCUUAUCCUCCUUCAGCUGGUGCUUUUUCUCCUGAAGUUAUCGAGGUCAUGACUCAAGUUUCCGCGUUAGUAAAAAGUUAUGGUGCACCGUUAAUGAUCAAUGUGUACCCGUAUUUUGCUUAUGCUGACAAUCCAGAAUAUAUCUCUCUGGAGUAUGCACUAUUCACCUCUACUACACCUGUUGUGGUAGAUGGAGACUUGAAGUAUUACAAUCUCUUUGAUGCCAUGGUUGACAGUUUCAAUGCAGCUCUGGAGAAGAUAGGUAUGUCUGAUGUAAACAUUGCCGUAUCUGAAAGUGGUUGGCCAAGUGCAGGGAAUGAGCCUUAUACAAGUGUUGAUAAUGCCAAGGCUUACAAUACAAACCUUGUGAAACAUGCUUCAAAUGGAGGAACUCCAAGAAGACCCGAUCACCAUUACGAUACAUUUCUUUUUUCGAUAUUUAACGAGAAUUUGAAGCAGCCUGCUGGAGUUGAACAGAAUUUUGGUUUAUAUUAUCCUAAUAUGAACCCCGUUUAUCCCUUAUUUUGAAGUUCACUCUUUGGUUCCAAGAA